AUGGUGAAGGAGACAGAGUACUAUGACGUGCUGGGGAUUCCGCCCACGGCAACAGCUACGGAGAUCAAGAAGGCGUACCGUCGCAAGGCGAUGGAGACGCACCCUGACAAGCACCCGGACGAUCCGACUGCGUCCGAACGGUUUCAACAGGUAGGGGAGGCGUACCAGGUGUUGAGCGACCCGGAUCUGAGGAAGCAGUACGAUGAGUUCGGGAAGGACAAUGCCGUGCCACAGCAAGGGUUUGAAGACGCUGGGGAGUAUUUCUCGAUGAUCUUCGGUGGGGACGGGUUCACUAACUGGAUCGGCGAGUUUUCGCUGUUCAAGGAGUUGAACUCGGCCACGGAGAUGAUGAAUGGGGACGCGCAGGGGGGAGGGGCUGGUGCUGGUGCCGCAACUGGUGCUGCGCCUGGCGCAACGGGUGAUCACACAGGUGUGGUGCAUAAACCGGAUGGCAGUGCCGGUGUCCCGACAGAUAGGAACAAGCUGACGAAGGAACAGCGUGAAAAGCUCAUGGAGCUUGAGAAAAGGCGUAGAGAGGAUUUGGAGAAGCAAGUCGUUGAUCUGACCAAGAAACUGAACGAGAGGCUUGAAAAGUACCUCAUCGCAGUCAAGGAGAACCACUUGAAGGAUUUUGAGGCGAAAUUGAAGCAAGAGAUCGAGGAUUUGAAGCUAGAGAGUUUCGGUAUCGAACUACUGUACUUGCUCGCUAAAGUGUACAAGACAAAGGCACACGACUACCUUCUCUCCAAAAAGACGAUGGGGUUCUCCAAGAUCUUCACGGGCACAAGGAACAACGCACGCACGGUCAAAUCCGCGUAUAACUUGCUGUCCACGGGCGCAGAGGCGCAGAAGGCCAUGGCAGAGAUGGAGAAAGUCAACCCAGAGGAACUGGACCAGUACGAGCGCGUUAAAUUCGAAACAAUGCUCGCGGGGAAGGCCCUCGGCGUCAUGUGGGCAAUGUCCCGCUUCGAACUGGAGCAGAAACUGAAGGAGGUCUGCAGCAGGGUCCUCCACGACAAGAACGUGCCCUCGAGAAAGAGAAUCGAAAAGGCGAAAGCGCUGCUUUACUUCGCUGGGAAAUUCUCCAGCGCAAGAAGAACCCCAGAGGAGGCAGAGGAGGCCCGUGUCUUCGAAGAACUUAUCCUGGGCGAACAGCAGAAGAAGGAGAAAAGAUACCGUUACAAAGCGUGA